AUGGGUCACAUUUGGUUAACACUAUCGUACGUCUUUUUAACUGUCUUAGCCAAAGUCCAAAGCGACUAUACGGUUAACAUAACCAUCGUCGAUUCGGCUACAGCCACCGGAGCAGUUUGCUUGGACGGGAGUCCACCGAGUUACGCCAUGGAUAAGGGUUCGGGCCCCGGAGCAAAUAACUGGGUCAUUUAUCUCGAGGUGGAUGGUGUACUACUAUUUACGAUUGUUCUAGAAGAGCCAACUCUUCCGGAGGAAGCAGUUCGAGUUCUUACAGGAAUAGCUACAACUUAUCUGGGAUACUUGACGUCAACUCAACAUUCAAUCCAGACUUCUACAAUUGGAACAAGGUGGCUGCAUUGUACUGCUGACGGCUCCUCCUUCUUUGGAGACGUCGAUGAAGUUGAUCCGCAAAACAAUCUCCAUUUCAGAGGCUCCAGAAUUUUUAAAGCUAUAAUUCAAGAGCUGGCCGUGAAAGGGAUGGCUUAUGCGGAUAAUAUCUUACUUUCCGGGGGCUCGGCUGGCGGGUUAGCCACGAUUCUCAAUUGUGAUGGCCUUCGUUCUCUUGUACCUUACGCCAAAACCAUCAAAUGUUUGUCUGAUUCUGGUUUUUUCUUGCAUGCACCAAAUCUACCAGGGUUGAUGCAUAGAGAACAAUACUUCAGGGAUGUCGUUCAAUUACAUGGGUUAGCGAAGCUUUUGCCUCAAACUUGCACGUCGAGGAUGCGUCCUGAUUUAUGUCUCUUUCCUGAAUACUUAGUCGGAGAUAUUAAGACUCCACUAUUUCUACUCGAGUCGUCAUUUGAUCAAUUCCAGAUACAAGUUCAAUACACACCAUAUGUAGGUGGUGGAAAACACGAAUGGUUCGAUUGUGUGCACCUGAGUCUAUCGUUCUGCAACUCAACUCAAAUUGAGAAAAUGCAGGAAUUUCACACAACAUUUGUACAAACACUGCAAAUUUUGAAUUACUCGCCAUCUCGAGGAGCGUUUGUACAUAACUGCUUCCGCCAUGGUCAUAUCAUGACAAAGGAUGGGUGGACGUGUUCACGCGUGGUGAAUAACAUCUUGGGAAACAAAACAGUUGAAAAUGCCGUUCGAGAUUGGUACUUUGACGGCAACAAUUUUCAGUACAUAGCGACUGAUAAUCUCCCGAAAAACUGUUCCAGCCCAUUCGAUAAUGCAUUUGAUACAAAAUGCAUGCAAACCGUUUGA